AUGGGAAAUAACGAAUCCAGAGCUGGUGGUCAGGCAGCAGUUCCUGCUAAAGAGACCUAUGUGUGGUACAGAAAAUUUAUGAGGGAAUAUCCAUCUGGCCUGCAAACACUUCACGAAUUUAAGACACUCUUGGGUCUGCAGGGUCUGAACCCAAAGGCCAAUCAACACGUUGAUCAAGUCUAUAAUACCUUUGACAUGAACAAGGAUGGAUUUAUUGACUUUUUAGAGUUUAUUGCUGCUAUAAAUCUGGUUAUACGAGGAAAAAUGGAUCAAAAAUUAAAAUGGUAUUUUAAACUGUAUGAUGCUGAUGGAAACGGUUCUAUUGACAAAAAGGAACUACUGAACAUCUUCAUGGCUGUACAAGCCCUCAAUGGCCAGCAAACUCUGAGUCCUGAAGAAUUUACUAACUUGGUGUUUAAUAAGAUCGAUAUAAACAAUGAUGGAGAAUUGACUUUAGAAGAAUUUAUCAAUGGCACGGAAAAAGACCAGGAUCUUCUGGACAUUGUUUCCAAGAGCUUUGACUUUUCCAAUGUACUAAAAGUAAUCUACGAUGGGAAACAGCCAGACACAGAAGGGAGGCUUCCUUCAAACCAUGUGAGAAGACUGAUCUAG